AGGUUGUAGAGCCAGUCAGUCGCACAUGUAGCGGUGCUGGGGUAGGAUAUUUAACGCCACACUCCUGCCUCUCUCACUCAUACUCGCUCCCAGAAUAUAAGGCGUUGUUUAAUACCCAAGACAUCAAACACGAUUUUGUCAAUAACAUUCAGUCAGUUUUAUUGUUUUGCAGCAGGAAAUGGAAGUGAUAUAAUACGAGAAGUAUGAGGUAAAUGAAAGAAAGUUUGUAGACGAAUUGUGUAGUGGUGGUGUGAAGUAUAGUGUAAUUGUGGUGACGAUGGGAUUAACUAGGUUGAACCUGAGCAACUACAUGGGACUGGAGGCAGGUAGCCUCGCCUUCCCAGGGAACCUAACUGAAGAACACCAGACGACACCUUUGCCUAAUUCCGGCGAGGGCAUCGAACUCGACCUGCCAUACACCAUCAGCGAGGUGCUGGUGGCCAUAAUCGCUGUCAUAGGCAACGCUCUCACCAUCACUGUGUUUGCCGUGGAUCGGAAAUUACGUCGUCUCACUAACUACUACAUCGUGUCGCUGGCUCUGGCCGACCUCCUGGUGGGGGUGCUGGGCAUCCCCUUCGCCAUCCUGGCGGCGAUAGGGCUGCCCCGUUCCAGGUGGGCGUGUCUGCUGGGGCUCUCCACGCUGCUUAUGCUGUGUACCAUCUCCAUCUUCUGCCUGGUGGCAGUCAGUGUGGACCGCUACUGGGCAAUUCUACACCCUCUCCGCUACAACAGAGUCAUGACCUCCAAAAUUGCUAAACGUAAGUACACACCAGUCUUAUGUAUGUGUGCGCGUGUGUGUGCGCUCGCAUAUGCGUGUUUUUGUCAGUGAUAGCAGCAGCAGUAUCUGCCUGACACCGGACAUUAGUCAACAGCUAAUUAGUGGAAGAAAAAUACAAUAUGUUGGAGGGAAAACCUUUGUUACUGUUGCAACGUUUUGCCCAACGCUACACUUUAUUAGUUACAAAAUAUGAGGUGCUUAUGGUGGUCCAUUAUUCAUCAGAAAACAGAACAAAACUAUUGUUUUUUGGCACGGGUAACAGUCACAUGAUGACCAUAUAGCCGGAGCUUUUGGUCAUAUAACAAGGGCUUUCCACUGGUUAACUUGUCAGCUCCGAAAAAAAAAAUCACAGUGUACGAUAUAUUUUUAAACAACAAAACUCACUCAGUUUAUAAUGCAGCUCUGCCAAUUACUGAAGAACAUUUCCAACUUAAUUGCAAAUGAAUGAACAUCUGCAGUACUAAAUAUGAAUAUAAACAUUACGUUAAAAACACUAAAUAUGCAUAGUCAUAUAGCAUUUCCCAGGAUUAAAUAUAUCUUUGAACAGAGGUUGAACGGUAAUUUGUCAAUAACAUAACAUCGAAAGGCAAAUCUGAGCCAAAGUUGAUGUAAAGUCAUAUCAGAAAGAAAAGCUGUGAAGGACCAGGUAAUACGGCUGAAUUCAGAAAGCGGGGAGAUAACUAGGAAUGAUCAGGAAGUCUGUGAAGAACUGAACAAAAGAUUUAGGGAGGUUUUCUCAGUGGAAUUAGAAACGCUAUUAGAGAGUCAAAGAGAGUGCAGUGCACCAACGGGUACUGGAUAAAAUACAGAGAGGACGAUAAUAAUAGCAUGAUAAAACUAAGCACAGUCAGAAAGGACAACAAGAAGAGAGGUGAACUAGAUGCUUCGAAGGCUGUGGGACUAGACAAAAUUUCUCCUUGGGUUCUGCAAGAGAGAGCAGAGGAACUGUAUGAACCACUUACACCAAUCUUCAACCAACUAACUGAAAUAGGGCAGCUGUCAAAGAUCUGGUACACAUCAAAUGUACUCCCAAUAUUCUAAGAAAAAAAAAGUGGCAGACAAAUGGCACUGAACUAUAGGCCUGUGCCACUAACAUGCAAAGAAUGUAAGAUUAUGGAGAUUAUAAUGAAAAGUGUAGAGGAGAACCUGGAAAGGAGCGGAUUCAUAAACAACAACUAGUAAAUUCUGUCUCAGAAAUCUGCUAGAACUCUCUGAUAAGGUAACGAAAGUUAGGCAGGAGAGAGGGAUGGAUGAACUGUGUAUUUGUGGAUGGGAAGAGGACGCUCGAUUCAGACUCCACAAGAGACUGGCACAAAAGCUAUAAGACAGGAAGGAAUUUAAAGGAACACCAGAGUGGGUCAAGAUAUACUUAAAGGGAAGGAAGCAAUGAGUUGCUGUUAGAGAGGAAUGGGCAAGCGUGAUGAGUGGGGGUCCACAGGGGUCAGUACUUGGUCCAGCACUGUUUGUUAUGUAUUUAAAUGACAUUCAGAGGAAACUGAGUUAGAGUUGUCCCUGUCUGUAGACAAUCUGAAACUAAUUAGGAGAAUACAAAAUGGAGUAGACCAAGAGAGAUUAAAUGGAUCCGGACAAGCUGCAUGAUUGGUCUGACAAUUGGAUAUUGGAUAGUUAUAAAAAUUUGAGAAGGGCCAAGACUUACGGAAACAGCAUACAUGAUCGGGGGACAAAUACUGCAAAUCUAACUGGAAGAAAAGAAUCUCGGAGCGAACACAGUUACUAGCAUUUUGAUUGAGGCACACAUAAACUGCUGCAGCAACCUCGAGACUGGCAAAUUUAUGGGUAGCUUACAGGAACAUCAAUAAUGAAGCAUACACGGCAUACGUCAGGCCCAAGUACGCAGUAAGAGCAUGGAAUCUGCUUUAGGUAAAGAAUGUAAAAAGCAUGGAAAAAGUGCAAAGGUUGGCAUUGAAACUAGUCCCGGAGCUGAGAGGUAUGAAUUAUGAGAAGCUAGAGGAGCUAAACCUGACAACACUAGAGGACUGAAGGAACAGAGUGACAUGAUUACGACCUUCAAAAUCAUACCUAUCCAUUAAAAUCAUAUUAUCAAUUUUAAUUAUUAUUGUUGUCUCUAUUAUAUUCAUGGGAAAGCGCUGAACCCAUAGGGGGAAUUUAGCGCC